AUUAGAUGUUUCUAUGAUGUCGAAGUACGCGCACUUAAUCAGUUUUGGAAUGCGGACUCACUUGCCAUCGGAGAUUCUUCGUUCGCUCUCAAGGAUAAAUGCGGUGUAUAAAGGAAGCCAUGGUUUCAUUAGUAAACGAUUGAUGAGUGUUCAAUCGCAUCGCAAAUGUAAUGUGGUAGUUAUAGGAGGAGGAGCUGUGGGAUCCUCUACAGCGUUUUGGUUGAAAAAGCGUGCCAAUAGAGACCUCAGCGUCAUUGUUCUUGAACGAGAUCCAACUUACAAAGAAGCGUCCACCGUGUUGUCUGUCGGUGGCGUUCGGCAACAAUUCUCCUUACCUGAAAAUAUUCAAAUGUCUUUAUUUGGCGCCGAAUUCAUACAAAAUUCAACAAAAUAUUUUGGCGAUGUGGACUUGUGUUUUCGUCCUCAUGGUUAUCUAGUUCUGUGCUCUGAAAAAUGUGCCCAAACUUUGAAAGAAAACUCCAAGUUGCAAAAUGAACUGGGCGCUCGAAAUGAACUAUUAUCACCAUCUCAACUAAUACGGAAAUUUCCAUGGCUUAAUACUGAUGACGUAGCAUUGGGGUGUUAUGGGUUCGAAAACGAGGGAUGGUUUGAUCCAUGGGCACUUUUGGGAGGCUUUCGUAGUCGAGCUAAAGAGUUUGGGGCUGAGUUUCUGCAUGGUGAAGUUCUCAGUUUUGAUAUCUCUAAUAAUUCAGAAACACUGAAUUCAGUGAAGGUUAAAGCCAAAACCAAUGAGACUUGCGUUGUCGACUUCGAUGUUUGUGUUUUGGCUGCUGGUGCCCGUUCAGGUCAAAUAGCCCGUCAGGCUAAUAUUGGCACAGGGACAGGUGCAUUGUCGAUACCAUUGCCCGUUGAACCACGAAAACGGUUUGUUUAUGUUUUUACUACACAGGGAGACAAUGCACCCGGUCCAGGUACACCUUUAACUAUCGAUCUUGAUGGCACAUAUUUCAGACGAGAUGGCAUGGGGAGUAAUUUUAUUACCGGCCGAAGCCCAUGCAAUGAACAAGCCGAACCACCAGUUACCAACUUGGACGUAGAUCAUGAAUUCUUCGAGACAUAUAUAUGGCCAACUUUGGCGAAGCGUUGCACUGCAUUCGAAUCGAUUAAAGUUUGCGGUAGUUGGGCCGGAUAUUAUGAGUAUAAUACGUUUGAUGAAAACGGUAUAAUCGGGCCACACACUUACUACAAGAACCUUUUAAUGGCAACGGGUUUUAGCGGCCAUGGUAUUCAACAAUCUCCGGCAGUGGGACGAGCUAUUUCGGAGUUAAUAUUAGAUGGUAAUUUUAAAAGUAUUGAUUUAAGCCGUCUUGGAUUCGAUAGGAUUGCGACCAAUAGAAAAAUGUCUGAAUCAAACAUAUACUAAUCUUAUAAAUGAAACUGUGUAGUAUUCCGGUAUAUAAUCGAAUAUCUGAUACACCAGCGAGCAUCCAUACACAGUAAUAUGUAAAUUCCAUGUGAUAUGAAUUUUCACACGGAAACCACUCACAAAUCUAUUCUUUAGAGCUGCCUAAUGCUGAACGUAAAACCGUAAAAAUACAUAUACACGAUACAAAUUUUUUUGUUUUAUAUAUUUGCAAAGAAAUUAAAUGGAAUUAAGAUUGGAAAACAAAUUGUGUGCACAUUCAUACAUACGUAGAGUUCUAAAUUAUGCUGUUUUGUUUGCUUUUGUUUUUCUAUUUUUUUAAUUAUGUAUUUCUAAUACAAUUUUUCUUUAUAAAAUAUGUAAUAUGUGUAAAAUUAAUUCUUAAAUCGUUUUAAUACUCUUGUGCUUGGAAAUUGCCGUGUGCUCAUUAAGGAAAAUGAAAUAUAUUAUUAGAUAAACAA